AUGCACGACAAAAUGGCGAACUUUUUGUGUAACCACGUGGUUUUUUUAGUGAAACUAUUGCAAAUUGCAGGCUUAAAGUUAGCUGCAAGGAUUACUGGUGAUUCAGAAACAGAGUUCCUGAAGUCAAUCUCACAUUCUGGUGCAGUGCACGAAAGUGCUAAGAGGAUCAGACCUGAGCGUCCACGUGAUCGUCGCACAAGUAAAGCCGAUUCCAACAACAGCGACGAAGAAUAUUCUCAUAGCCGACAUUUAAUUCCCCCUAAGGUAGAUUCUAGAUCACGAGACAGUAGUCGUAGAAGUUACCACCACUCUCAAAGAGAUUCUUCUAGAUCAAGAGAUAGCAGUCGCAGAAGUGAUCAUCAAUCCAAAAGAGAUUCGUCUAAAUCAAAAGAAAGCGGUCGUAUAGGUGAUUAUGAUUCUGGUGCAGGACCUUACAAAUCAAGAGAUAGCAGUCACAAAAGAGACUCUUCUAGAUCCAAUCCCAGCAGCCGUAGAAGUCAUUCUCGUUCUAGAAGAGAUUCUUCAAAAUCAAGGGGCACCAGUGAUAGAAGUAAAUCUCGUUCCAGACCCGAGUCAAGCUCUAAGAAAAGUUACGCAUCUUUGAGGAAAUGUGUUGAUAAAAGAUCAUCCGCUAAAGAUUGCUUCGACUUCUUCAUAUUGACAUGUUAUUUUCCAAAAGCGGCAGCCUUGAGUGCUCAAAACAUGGGUAAUAAGGAAUAUUAUGAAGACAAGUUAAAAGAUGACUGGUCUAUUCAUGGAUUGUGGGCUUUUUCUUAUAAGUAUGGUGCAGAAUUGGAAAAAGAGUGCGGUAACCUGAUUAAUAUGUGGUUUGAUGAAAAAUUAUUGUUAGACAAUGAAGAUUUCGUUAAAGAACUCCGUGAAAAGUGGUUUAAUAUUUACAAGAAAGAUGGUUAUUCUGAUGAAACGUUUUGGAAGCAUGAGUUUUAUGAGCAUGGCAAGUGUGCGACACGCUCCAAACAUGUUAAAGACCUUAAAGGAUACUUCAAUCUGGCAUUGAAGCUGUUCAAUAAUGCAGACCUCAAGAAUACGCUUGCUGACGGUGGUUUUGAACCCGGAAAAAUUGUCACCUGGGCGGAAAUGUACAAUAUUAUUAAAAAAAAACAUGGUGGUUAUCCUAAAAUCGAACAACUGAGAGACCCGGUGAGAUUUCUUUAA